AUGAGCUUUGCCAUGCCCGCAAGAUCAAAGCGAGAGCCAGGCAGGAGAGCUGGCGGAUUAGCCCGCAUAUUUAUGAGGUCAAUGAAUGAGCUGAAGGAGAACAAAUUGGCUAGAAAUCCAAAAAAGGAGACAGGAGGUACAAAUAGUAGAGCCAGUGUCUCUGCGAUUUCCAUAGAAAAUGACCUCAGGAACCUGCAUGGUAACAAAACUGAGACUCAAACAGUUGAAAACCUACCACCAUCCUCCACUAAUGUAUCAGCUUCUUGUGAAGUAAAUAGAGACCAAAGAAAACAUCCAGAGGAGAAAACUGAAACAAAGACAUCAGAAUGUAACAACUGUAAGUCACCAACUCGUGCAGAAAAUAACUUCAAAGGCAAAUGUGGCUCUAAUUCAACAUCACGCAUAGGGAUGACAAAACAGACUGGCCCAGUGAAAAAUAUUAAUAAUAACUAUGGCAGCAGACCCUCGGCAAGGCAAAGAGUACCAGAAGCCAAGACCAACAAGUGUAUCAUACCUAACAAUGUACCAGUUGAGGGAGAUAUUGCAUGUAAGGUUACAGACAAGAAUAUUGAUUCUGUCCAAGUUCAUACAGCAACUGAAAAAGUGUCUAUUAAAAGUGAAAUUUUAGUGGCCAGUAGAUGUGCAGAAUCAUAUGGAAAGAUUGAUCGAUGUCGCCAAGAUAGAAACUCUUGUAUUCAAAAACGGGGGCAUAGACGAUACAGUCAAAGGAGACACUCAAACAAUUCACAGGAGAGGGUUGUAGAGGAGUUGGUUUUGGAAGAUUGGAGCUCUGAUCUUUUGGAGGUUGAUGUCAAGGAAGGAAUCUUUGAUGGUUCAAGUGAAACUGAAAAAUGUAGCACAUUUCCAAAGUGUAAUGAGGGAAAAACAGUCAUUGGACAUAUAGAGACUAACCAGUAUGUUAAAAAUAGAUGGGAAGAUGACACUGACAGAAAUCAUAAGGACCAGCAAGAAUCGAAGACCAGCAGCCAUGUUGACCUCAAUAAUAGAGAUGGAAAUGGUAGGACAGAUCCCAAUAAACAGAGAACUAAAACAAAAAAUGGAGUGAAUUCAGAUAGGAAGAAUGAUCAACCACUUGAACCCAUUAAAGUUUUCAGCACAGAUGUGAUUACCGAGAAAGGUGCUGACAAGGAGAGUAUUAAUAUUGAUGACAAAAUUUUGGACAAAAAACAGACUCUUGAAAUAACCUUGGACAUAUCUAAGGAAAAUUUGGAGUAUAGGCAGUUUGGAGAUCAAACUUAUGCAAGAGAUAUUUUAAAUGGUGUGAAAGAUCAACAGGUGUCUGUUCAAAAUUUAGACCAAAAAGAAAUUGUUUCAAAAGUAAUAGGUUGUGAUAAUAAACAUCAUUUAGAAACAGGAAGUGACUUGUACCUGGGAUGUAAUGUUUAUGAUAUGAAAAAGCAAUGUAUAAAGUCUUGCUGUGAAAAUGAAAAUAUAGGGAUUAAAGAUGAUGGGGAAUGUGAAAUGAAAAAAAAAUCAAAAACUGUAGAUUCCAUGUUUGUGAGAACAGAGAAGAAUGGUGUGGCACCGACUGAAAAUGUAGUUUUGGGUGUUGACGACAAUGGCCUUACCUCAAAGGAUCCACAGUAUGAAGAAAACAAUGAAGAAAAAUCAGAACCAAUUAUAAGAUAUAGAAGUGUGACUGAGGACUGUAGGGAGGACAAAAAGGAUCAAAAAGGGCCUAUGAUGAGUUGUGAUGAUGUAGGAGAUGUGAGCACUGAAGCAGGAAAGGGACAAGAAGAAUAUAGAAUAGAAAUGCCUCCCCUGCGCGUCCCUGUCUGUGAUAUUCCUGUUUACUAUAGUAGACACAGACACUUUUCUGACUCCAGCAAUACAUCACAUUCAUCUUCGCAAACAAACAAAGCAACUCUAAAACCCAGUUUACCAGUGAUGAAGUCCACACCUUGGCGAGAUUACUCCUCAGCAAGUUCUGACAGCUCUUACACAGCGAGGAACACAAGGCCAAGACCAAAGAAACCCAAGAGAAAGUCCAGAUAUGAUAAGAGCAUGGCAAGAGGACAUACCUUAACUGUAUCCCCCAUUCAAAGGUCUCCAGAAGGGUCUCCACCAUCUCAUAUGGGAAACAGCAGGCAGUGUGGGGAUAAUAUAAAAUCUGCAUACGACAGCAUGAUUGAUACUAAGAUUGAAGCAAUGACAAUGGAAAUGAAGGCGAAGGUGUUGACUCCAUCUGAUAACAGUGGAAGGACUCUGAUGGCCAAGCCUAUCAUGUACAGAGACAGCCUACGAGCGAUGAAGCAGGGCCGGAUGAAGACUCAGAAGACAAACGAAUCAGCUUGUGAAGUUAACUCUGAGCAGAAAGAGCAGAAUACUUUAAAAGCUAAGCCAGCCAUCACUGCACAUACUAAACAUCGAAAAAGAAACAAUUCUGAAUCCACAGGAUGUAAACAUACAGAACAUCGAAAAAGAAACAAUUCUGAAUCCACAGAAGAAGAAAGCUCAGGUUCAAGAAGACAAACAAAAAGAAUAUUUGUCUCGCAUGUCAGGUCUGAUAAAAGAAAAGAUAAGACCUUUGUACACCCAAUUAAACCGCAAGUUAGUUCUGAACCCAGAUUUCUAAACAAUUCCUUAGAUGAUACAAUGAAGCCAGGUUCUCAAGAAGGCCCACAAUCUAGAUAUUAUUCCCAUACACAGUCUACAACAGAUGGAAAUUUAACCUCUGGAUUUCAGAAUUGCUCAGACCUUGAAAAUGUUUCAAAUGGAAAGUCCAAAGCCACUAAAAUAGUUCAGCAGACCCAUGACUCUGUACCAAUAAUAAAUGGAAAUUCUUCACAGAGAUACCAUGAAAAUUCAAAACUGAAGAAUAACCUUGGGGCUGAACAUAGUUGUCCAGAAAUUUCAUUAUCCAAAGAUCAUGUCAUCCAAGAGCCUAGACAUCUGGAAAAGUUAGAAUCACAGGAUCAUCUCUGUCAGAUAUCAAGAAAUCCAGAAACUUCAGAAUCAAAGGACCAGAGAAACACAUUUCCUAUAUGUAUUGAAACUGGUUACAAGGAACAUUGCAAAAUUGAACCUCGCAAUGAAAAUGCUUCAGAAUUAGCUGAACAGGGAGCUAUGGAGAUACAGGAUAAUGAAACUGUGGAAGUUGAGGAUGGUGGAUGCAAAUGUCAGGAUAAUUCAGAAUAUAAAGGUCAAUGUAGUAAGAAUCUGAAAAAUCAGUGCUAUUCAGAAUCUCACCAUUCAGACACGUCAGAGUCUGUUGUAUGGAAAAAUGAUGAUGAUCUAAAAUCAAAAGAGUAUGCUAAUGCAGAAUCUUUAAAACAGAACCAGACAUCUCGAGGUCAAGACAUGUCGGAGCAGGAAGUCUCCUCUAGGAGUUCGGAACCUAUUGUACCAAACAACUCUUUUGGAGGUUUCAAGUCCAAACAUAAAAUGACAUCUGACUCAUUUAAAUGUCGCAACAGUUCAGAGACAAGAAAGCAAGACAACUGGUCCCAAGGUCAUAAUAGUUCAGGGGCACGAAAGCAGGACAACUCGUCCCAAGGUCAUAAUAGUUUAGGGACAAAGCAGCAGGACAACUCAUCCCAUGGUCACAAUAGUUCAGGGACAAGAAAGCAGGACAACUCGUCCCGAGGUCAUAAUAGUUUAGGGACAAGGCAGCAGGACAACUCAUCCCAUGGUCACAAUAGUUCAGGGACAAGAAAGCAGGACAACUCGUCCCAAGGUCAUAAUAGUUCAUGGACAAGAAUGCAGAAAAACUUGCCCCAAGGUCAUAAUUGUUCAGAACCUUUGAAGCAAGACAACUUGUCUACAUCUCACAAUAGUUCAGAAGAUAUCAGGAAAGACAACUCAUCUCAAGAUCACAAUAGUUCAGAGCCAACAAUGCAGGACAACUUGUCUAUUUCAGAACCUAAAGGAUCAAACAAUUCAGAAGGCGACAACAAUUCAGCACAUUUAAGGAAACAUAACUCCUAUAACGGUCACAGAUGUUCUGGCAAUUCAUGGAAUAUUAGGCAGAACAACCUUUCCCGAGGUCACAACAGUACAGAACCAAUUAAGACAAAAAAUGUACUUAGAGGUCCCAACAAGUCAUAUUAUGAAAGACAGGGUAAAUCAUUAAGAGGUUACAGUAGUUCAGAACAGUCAGAGCAAGAUAACCCCAAUACUCACAAGCCAGAUUCUAAAAGACCAAACACCUAUGACAAGGUUCACAACAGUUCAGCUUCAGUAAAACAGAAAAACUCACUCCAAAAUCACAACAGGACAGAACAUUCAAGACAACACCACUUGUCUGAAAGUUUCAAUAGAGCAGAACCUUUAACCCAGGACAGCCAGGUAGAAGCUAAAAGGCAGGACAAACGGAUGGAGUCUGUAAAAGUAAAGGACUCCUCUUCCUGCAGUCACAGAAAGAACUCAUCACAGGGUUUGAACAGGUUGGAGAUAAUAUCAAAAGCUCCCAACAAAAUUAAACAUACAAGACAGGUGGACUCGGCACAAGAUCAGAAUUGCUCAGAUAUCAAGGAGUAUAAUUGUUUACAAUAUACAUGUACUCACCAGUCUAAUGAAGUGGUUAGUUCUGAACCAACAAACAAUAGUUCUAAAUCAGUUGCCUGUGAUACACAAAAAAGGCAAAGCAGGUCAGAGAGCCAAGGUAAUUUAGGUUCAGAAGACAGCUCUAGGAAACAGAGUAUUUCAGACACAGGACAAUCAAGACUAAGCAAAGAAUCCAUGAGUAAGAAAGCACAGAAGAAAUUUGGAGGAAUUAUAAAAGCUGACCAGAAAUUUGAGAGGGAAGAUAGUGCCAAACACUUUGAGACUUUAGAAAAUGAAAAUUGGGAUAUGGACCUGUUAUCAGUAGCUACACCUCCUGAUGAGAGUCUGAUCUACUUUGAUGACAAAAGGACACAUACCACUGAAGAUGUUUCAGAAACACCUAUUGGCAUGCUUUCAUCAGAAACCAGGAGAGAGAAAACAAGGCAUGGAAAUCUCAAGAUGUUAGAGGAGACAGUUUCAAUAUCUGAUGGCCAGGAUAUUGAAACAAAAAAACAUAUCCUAAAUGAUACAGGACAAUCCAAAGUUAGUGGUUUAGGUGCAGGUCAGAUAAACAAAACACAAACAGAUUGUGGUCAGUCAUAUCACCAAUUAUCAGAUACCAAUUAUCAAGAUAUCUGUGUAAGAAAAUCUGCCAUUAAUAAAGAACAUUUGACAAGGAUGAGUGAUAGUCUCAACCCUGUAUGUGAUCGGUCAUCUGAACAAUGUGAUAAACCUACUGACCAUCAGCAAGAAAAUGUGAUGGGAAAAUGUGAUUACUGGAAAGAUCGGAACAAAUUAUCAGGGGUUAGUACUAACAAGAAUCAUUUCAAAGUCAAACCAAAAUCAUCUGGUUACACCGAAAAUAGCAGUAGGGACCUGAAUAAAGAGUUUGUUGCUCAACCAAAGCUCAUUUCUGGUUACGCCACCCAGAGUGAUUUGAAUAAGACAGAUGACAGAUGGAAUAAUAAUCGUAAGAAAUGUCCCUGGUUAGAUCCUAUCAGACAACAGAAACUGCUUUUAGAGGAAUCUGAAGAAAACUGGGACUCACAUCUGCUGGAUAUUGAAAGUAUACUGAAAAGUUGCAAAAGCACACAACCUAUGGAACAAGUGGUACCUGGUGGACAGGAGUUGGAAAAGUCCCGUGUUAUGAACAGUGGUAACCAAACUGAAACAUCUGAAGCUGAUCUGCAUCAGCUAGAGGAAUGGGAUGCAACUUUGUUAGAUUUAAACAUCAUCAGUGGUGGUACUCUGGAGAUAAACAGUAAAGAAAAGAUGUCACCUGAUAGGCAAUUCAAUAAUGAGUGGUGUGAGAUUCACAUUGAUGUGAAAAAUGCUAUGAAGAUUGAGUCAAAUCUGUCUUCAGAUUGUGCCGUGUCUGCAUGUGAAGGUACCGUCCAGGAAGACGAAGGAUCCAUUAUUCCACAAUCUGAUUGCAGUUCAAGUGAAGCACCAGGUAUAACAGAGUUUGAGGACAUCUGCACCAGUGAUGAUGUCAUGGAAUCCUACAUAUUUUUAAGUCAGGAGGAAUGUUGUGCUCAAGAUGUUGAAUUAGACUCAAAAUCUUGCACUCUGGCAUCCACAGACAAAGAAAUGGAGAAACUGUAUGGCAAUCAACCAGCUUCUCCCAAUACAUCUAAAACUUCUGUGUCCUCAUACAUUGAUGCCAGAAAUUCUGAUGAGAAAGAUUUCAGCGCUACAGAAAAUGAUUCCUUAAAUCGACCAGACCUGAGGAGGAGGAAGAAUGAGAGGCCCCCAGGGUAUGGCACAGAGGAGUGUGUGUGUCCACCAGCUAGUAUCCAGUUCUGGACUUGGAGAUGCUGUUUUUGUCGGUGGGGAUGGGAACCUCGCAUCUGUGAUAUUCGCUCAGCACUCGACUUCCCAGAUAACAUCACUUCUCAAUCUAUAGCGGACAAAGACACAACUGAGAAUGGACUGCGUAUGCAGUAUCGUCCGAGAGGGAUUUUGGCCAUGAGACCACACAGAUCUAUUCCUCCUCCUCCUAGUAAGGAGUUGUGGAACCAGAUGCAGCAGGGUAUUUCUCCAACAUCCACUGUCUGCAAUAGGGGCAUCUUUUCCUCCCCUGCCAACAUGCCUCCAAACAAGACACCAUAUCCAAGGAUGCAAAUGCCAGGAUCCUACCCUUUCCGUCCAGAUUAUGGCUUACAGUCACAACAGGUGUUUACUUGUGAGAGACAUUGUAGUCCAUAUGGAGUAAAGUUUAGACCGUCAUCACCAUACCAUCAUAUGCCUAUUGUAGAGCAGAAUGCUGUGAAAGAAAUAUUUAACUACAGUUGUGAAUCAUCUGAGCAUUCAUCUUCUGUGGCCAAAAAUCUUGCUCAACCAAACAGUACUAAAUCUGGGAAAGAAGAGAGUGAUACAGGGUUAACUAGCACUAAGGAAGAAUUGAGUUCAGAUGAAAUGCAAGAUCUACAGCUCAACAGCCCCAAGCUUGUAGACUAUGGCUUUAGUGAAACUGAUGAUUCAGAGGAGGAGAAGAAAAACGAACAACCAAAGUCCAGAAUUGCUCUGUUUGUUAAAGAUGACCAAUCUCAAGACAGUGACUGCUCAAGUGAAAAAAGGAAACUGGAACUGGAGGAGCAAGAAAUAAAUGAGGAGGAGGAUUGCAGUAUUGUAUCCAAGAGGCGGCAUGUUUUGCCCCAAAGCAACAUCUAUCAUUUUAUAAGGCACUCUUUGAACAAUAAACAAAGUACGAGCAAUGAUGAUGAUGAAAAAAAGGCUACUGCAUAUGUUCCACCACAUCGACGCCAAAAGGCAGCUUUAACAGAUUAUUCUGAGAGUGCAAAGGAAAACAAAACAUUUAAACAGGAAAUGUCAGAUGAUCGUGACACAGUAGUUUCAUCUCCAGCAAGUAAUCCUAAUACAUCUAGUCCAGGAUCCUACCCUUGGACACCAUUCUGGGCAUCCCCUCCCCAUGCCAUGAGUAUGCCUGCAUCACCCCUGUUUGGCUUUCACCAACCCACAUGUAUGUACCCUCCAAGCUGCUACUAUUCCCCACCAGACUGGUAUCAAGGAAGCUCAAGUACUGGCUCCUAUGGUGGUGCUUACCCACGGCCCUCACAUUCCCUCUCCACCAAAAAGUCAACUGGGAAAUCGCCUACAGCAUCACAUCCAACCAAAGAAAAUGAAUUCUGCGAUGUCCAGUCUGAUGUAAAAUCACCGAAACGUCUAGUGCUACCACCUAGGAUUCAGUUUUUGGAGAGAACUCGACUACUUGGCCGCAAUUCCGAGUCUGAGAGCAGCUCAUCUUUCGCCCUGGUCAACUGGAAGGUGAACUUCAAGGAGAAAUGUAGGACUUACUGUGGUACAUUUGUUGACUCACACUGCCACUUGGAUUUCCUGUUCAAUCGUCAAGGAUUUAAAGGCACCUGGUCCAAGUACAAAAUUGUUCAUGAGGCUACCAUGCCUCAUAGUUUUGAAGGAUGUGUGGCAGUCUUCUGUCAUCCUGGCAGCUUCAGACAAGAAGGGCUGUGGAAGGAAAUUGCCCUUGAAGAGGAUGUCUGGUUAGCAUUUGGCUGUCACCCGAAGAAUGCUACAGAGUUCUCACCCCGGGCUGAAGCAGGACUGGUUCGUUGUCUACAGCACAAGAAGGUAGUGGCUUUAGGAGAGAUAGGUCUUGACUACUCUGGCAUAUUUAAACAACAUAAAGCCUCCCAGAAGGUUGUGUUCAUCAAGCAAAUCCAACUGGCCCUUGAGUUGAACAAACCCCUGGUGAUACAUUGUCGUGAAGCUGAAGAGGAUGCCUUACAGAUUCUAGAAGAGGUUUGA